AUGUUAACCAAUGAUUGGAGAUGGUGGUCUAUCCGCUCUGCAAUACCUCCCAUUAUCGCUGCAGCCAUUUCCUUGACCUAUGGUCUCUACAUUCUCGCCUACCCACCCACCUACAAGAAGCUCAGCAUGUUCCUUCUCGCCAUACCUCUGGCCUAUGCCUUCAAACAACACCUAUACGCGGCGCCAGACUUCAUGCUUACCGACACAUUCGGACGCUUCCUGUACAUUUGGUACGCGCAUAUGAGCUACGAAGUCCUGAUCUUGGAGUUUGCGCCCGCAGUGGAAAAGGAGAAUGACAACUGGAAGAGCAGGAUGAAGCUGGCGUGGCGAGUCAUCUUUGACCGGAAUCACAAGCCAGCUGUAGAAAAGGAGCAGGGAAAAAGAAGAGACUGGGUUCGAGAAGAGCAAGGCAAGGCAGCAGGCACAACCAUGAUCAAUCCCCAGCAUGCCUUUCCAAACCUACCUCAACCUACCCUCACCCACACCGCUACAGGAACCCAAUACCACCACGGCUACGGCUACGUCCGCUUCACCUCGCACCACCUCGUCCAGUCCAUCCUCCUCGGUUCUCUCCUCACACUCAACGACCGAUUCCGCGCAUCUAGCUACAGACCACCCUCGUACGAUUUCGAGUCCGGCUACGGCUCCUUCUUCCGACGCCUCCCCGCCUCGCUCGACGCCAACGAAAUGUACGCCCGAGCCAGCUACUGCUUCGAUUGGACCAUCAUCUCGCUCUUCGAGUACGAGUUCUACUACUCCCUCUUCGCACUGCUCUUCGUCUCCCUUUUGCGCACAGACGCGCCCACACACUGGCCGCUGAGUCUCUGCGGCCACAUCAGGGAGUCGUGGAGCAUGCGUCGCUACUGGGGCACUCACUGGCAUAAUUAUAUAUAUAUUAGUUUUACGACGCAUACGCAGGUGGUUACGCGCACGUGGCUGGGCUGCAAGAGAGGGGCGUUGUCUACGAGGCUGUUAGAGAAUGUGAUUGUGUUUACGGUGAGUGGGGCGAUGCAUAGUGUGGUCAAAUGGCAGCAGGAUCCAGAGGAGGAGUGGCUGGCUAUUACGUGGUGGUAUAUUGCGCAGAUGCUGCCCAUUGUCGCCGAGAGCGUGGUGCAGCAUUACUGGCACAGAGCGAAGAAAUGGAUGGGUGUUGCCGCAGACAAUAAAUGGGUGAGUCGAGGAGAACUCGCGGCCGGGUAUGCAUGGGUGGCUUGGUGGUUCAUGUGGAGUGUACCCAAGUAUUAUGCUUGGAAGGAUUAUUGGACGUAUGAGAAGAUGGUAAAGAGGUGGGAGAGGCGACGGGCGGAGAUGGAGGAAAUGGGCCUGUGGAACGAGACAGAAUGA